CAUGACGUGUGUUCUAUUUUUAGCGCGGUGAUGUCAUGCCUGCCCAGGUUUCGGCCCGCAGUGUUUUCUUUUUUCCUGCCUCCGUCCGGAGAUUUCCCGUGCCGUGCCGGCCCCAAACCCGCCCGUAACCGCCGCCAUGCCCGCCCAGGCCCCGGCAGCGUGAGCUGCACAGUCCCCCCGGCCCUCCCCCCGCCCCUGCGCCGCGUACCGCCCGUACAGAGCCCGCUAGCCCGGCCCAACCCCCCACAUACAGGAGGAGGGACCCGCGCCAACACCAGGCAAGUACCACGUUAGCUCCUCCAUCCUGAGAUCCGGACCCAGAUUACCGGGACCUACACACGCGUAGAUCCUGCCCAGAUCCUGCUGAAGGGUGAGAUCGGAUCGUGCAGGGAUCCAGCCCGUGUGCCGUGCCUGUGAGAAGGGUUCAGACCUGUACCGUUCGUGUUUCUGAAGGUUUGUUGACUGCCUGACUCUGACUCAUUCUAACGUUACCAUCGGCCACGCAACAAUAACGCACUGCUAAAACGGGAAACUUACAAAUUCCGCCUCAAACAAGACUGACAAGACUUAAGGAACGACACAAGGAGUCUGAACUGCCAAAACAACGUCUUCAAGAUUACAAGAGACCGACAUCUUCCAGGACAGGUGUGAAACCAUACAGUGUCCUCAGAAGACCCCAACUGAUGUCUACAAGAUCUAUCGUAACUGUGGAAGGAAGGAGUGAAAGAAACGAAGGAAGGAAAGAGAACGCAGGAGGAAGAGAAAAGCUGAAGUAGUUUGAAUGUCGAUUUUAAUUUUUAGGAAAGGGCAAGUGCAAUAUUGUCAGGACUCCAUGGCCAACCAAAGAACGGUUUAACUGCGUUGGACAGGAGAGAAACGAUCCGAUCGUAGGAACGAUUUUCGAAGGAACGCGAGAAGAAAAUCGAUGACGAUGAAAGCCAAAACGGCGAGCAUGCGCGAAGCGAUGGCGGAGUCGCUACUGAAGUACCAAGCGAAUUUGUUGAACUGCGAGCGGCUGGCCGCCAUGUUGCAGGGCGGACUCCCGAAGACGCUCCUGAUUGACAGCCGGUCGUUUCUGGAGUAUAACACGUCCCACGUGCUGAACUCUGUCAACAUCUGCUGCUCCAAACUCAUGAAACGGAGGCUCCAGCAGGACAAGGUCUCCAUCAGAGAGGUGCUGCGGAACACCUGCCACGUGCAGGAUGAGGAGAAAGAUGAAGUCAUUGUGUAUGACCAGUGCACGCAGGACCUCGACGGGCUCUCCACUGAGAACUUCCUCUCCGUGUUGCUGGGGAAACUCUCGUCCGCGUACAAGAACGUCUCGCUCCUCACAGGUGGAUUUAACCAUUUCCAGUCGUGUUUCCCGACCCUGUGUGAGGGAAAGCUCCCGACCUUUAACCUCCCGACCCUGUCCCAGCCCUGCCUGCCCGUCGCUAACGUGGGCCCCACCCGGAUACUGCCAUUCCUGUACCUCGGCUCACAGAAGGACGUCUUCAACAGGGAAGUGAUGGAGUUCUAUGAGAUAAACUAUGUGCUGAACACCAGCGUCACGUGUCCGAAGCCUGACUAUGUCCCCGACACACACUUCCUGCGGAUCCCAGUAAACGACAACUACGCAGAGAGGAUCUUUCCCUGGUUCGACAAGAUUAUCGAGUUCAUUGACAUGGUGCGAGAGUCGAACGGCUGCGUGGUGGUACACUGCAUGGCGGGCGUGUCUCGCUCGGCAACCGCCUGUAUCGCUUUCGUCAUGAAACAUCUCAACCUCAGCUCCGACGACGCAUACAGAUACGUGAAGGACAAGAGGCCGUCCAUCUCCCCCAACUUUAACUUCCUGGGGCAGCUGCUGGAGUUUGAGAAGCUGCUGACGGAACGCCGGGCGCAAUCCGCCGUUAUCCAGGACCAGCCAACCAGACUCGACUUUCCUCAGCACUCCGCCAUCGAAGACCCCGACGAGAAGGACUUUCUCUUCUGCGACGUCUUACUGGACAAUAAGUCGAACGAGGCUCGAUGGAAGGAGGGGCGGGACGUUUCUAGGGACGUUUCGUCGCAGUCUCAAAGUCACCCGGGUAAAUCUUUAAGCAAUACGUCGCCGGUACGCGACAUGCGUCAGGUGAAGCGUUCGUUUUCGCUGAACGUGAAGCACUGUCUGGAGAUGCCGUAUAUCGUACCGGGCCUCGCGACUGGACUCUGCUUCAACAAGCAGAAACCCAGAUCAGGGACCGAGAAAUCCGCCAAGGCGGCGCCCGAGCGACCGGAGAAGGUUGGAGAGAGCUCCGGGAGCGAGUCGGAGCAGGACCAGGUCGAGAUUCUGCACGAUUUCAGCCGCGUGCGUUUCCGUAGAAACCGGCUCCGGAAGAGCCCGUGUCGCAGCGUGAGCUGCCCGCAGGGCCUGAACCGCAGCCUGAACUUGCAAUACAACAGCGACGACAAGAAGCCGGAGCUCGGGACACACAGGAAGUUCGAACUUGACUUUGCCCAGGCAGUACGCAUGACCUCCAGUCCGGGUUUUUCCUCACAGUCGAGUCCAAGUAGUUCCCAGUCGAGUCAGGGAAGCACGCCGAGCUUGCACGACCCUGCGGUGGUCUAUCGCCAGGGAAACACGCCGACCUUACAUGACCCUGCCGUGGUGUAUCGCCAGAGGAGGUUAGAUCUGGACUUCCCGUCUCCGAGUUCCGCGUCAUCGCAGGGCGGCAGCCCGAGUUCGCUCGGCCGGCGGAAGAGAAACAAUCGCGGGCUGUACCUGUCCAUCCCCUCGCCCAAUGGUACGGUCCUGGACAAAUGGCGGCAGAGCCUCGACCCGUCGGAGGCGGCGCACGCGGCAGACUCCAGCUGCCAGCGUCAGUACGAGGAGAGCAAACUGCCGCAGCAAAGUCACAGCCAAAACGUUGAUAUGAUACCCGUUUCCUAAACGUUGAUGUGAUACCCUUUUCCUACCCAGUACAAAAGCUUUUUUUGUAAAUCGCACUCCACUGUUCCACGUGGUUUGGGUGCAGCAGCACAACUCAUUACCAAAAACUACUGUAGAAAGCUGUCUCAAUCAUCUGUUUCCAAAGAUGCUGUUGGUGUGGUGCCGGCUGCAGGCAGCUGUUGCCACCCCUACAGUGCAAAUGGAUCAACCCAAAACUUAGCAGUCUCCACAGCUCGUGGAUCACUCCACCCUCUUUUGCAGGGGUGGUCAGCUUGUUUGUUGUAUUUGCUAGCUGGUUCGUACCUCGCACUGGAUGACAAUCUUUACACUUUAGGUAUCUCACCAGCGUGGUGUUCAUAGAACUCACCUGCACCCUGGUCAUAUGGAACACUGUUGAGACACCAUGUCAUUGUUUCCUCAAACCAAAAAGAUGUCUCACAAAGAUGUCAUCAGUUCUGCUCCCCUCCUGUGUUGCAUGUUCCCUUGAUGCUGCCCCCCUCCCCCUGUGUUCCCUUGUUGCAAACUGUUACAGAGAGGAUCAUUGCUACAUGUGGCAAAUUCCAGACGAAUGUGGCAGACACGGGAAAUCUGCAGCUGCAGUAGAACCCCGCAGAGAAAUGUGGCGAUGCGUAGAGCGUUGUGGCGAACGCUGUGUGGCAAUGCAGAUAGCUGAUCUGGACAUGCGGCCAGUUUCAGCCAGGAAAACGGGAGACAGAAAAGUGCCAGUGCAAAGUUGUGAAGGAACUCAGACAAACGUUCGUGCGGACGGACGGAAUAUUCCAGCGAAGUUUGUGUUCUGUUGUCCCAGUGCUAUGCAUGAAUACAGUUGCAUCGUUCCGUAAGAGCGGAACGAACGUUUUUGCGCCGACGCUCAUCGACGUUCGGCGCGCAGGAAGCAGGGUUACUCCAUACAGACUGGUAACCUUGGUAACCGGCCAACAUUUGUUGCAUUUUCGAGCCAAACGGGCGGAGAGAGAAACCAGCGCCCGACAGACUUGUACAGUUAUCGUAAGCUGCAUGCCGUACAUUUAUAAGGCCAACCCACAGAAAGGCGUGGCCGCCCAAGAGAGAGGGUUUCCUCGUUACCUCCUACAGUAAUUAGAGGUGUAAUUAGUAAUAAGGUUCCUGCUAAGAUCUCAGGUCUGUUCCUUGUUAAGACUGAUCUGAUGUACAUAUGUAAAAUUUCACUUGGGGGUUAUACAAGGUCAUGUAACUACUAGUAGGAAGGUUUUCCUACAUCGGUGGGGUAAAACGGGGAAAACACAGCUAGAAACAGUUUUGAUAGAGUAUUUUGACACACGGACAGAUUCAACGAUACUCAGGAAAAUACAGAUAUAUUGGAACAGAUAGAGAUGGUCUGGUCCCUAUGGAAACGGACUUGGAAAGGUCGUUCAUCGGUUGGGAAAAAAUUGUCGAUGUUUGAAAAUGAAGAUUCUGUUUUUGCUCAAGAAAGGAACCAAUAAAUCAGUCUCAGGAAAAUUUUUCACGUCUUUCAGAACGUCUUGCAGACAAAAUGGACAAUCCUCCCGGGUUCACAGGAUGAAAUUGGUCACGUUGAAAAAAAGGGUACUUUUGAAGGUCAUAACGUUAAUGGUUGUUUCUUUGUAAGCACCAAAUUUGUGCAUGCAGGUGGAAGAUUCCCAGCAUUUUCAAUGUGCGAAGGGCAAAAUGUGACCUUUCAAUCAUUGCAAGAAACAAAUAUGAAGAUUGGUAUCAAAUCACUUUGUGGCAGAGGUCAAGUUCAAGGGGAGGGGGGCAUCUAAAAGACCAUGAAAUCACUCAGGGUUUCUGCAAAUUGUUGUUUGGAUGGAUUCUGGGAGCUCUCUGGCCAAGCCAGUGCCUUUCUGAACUCUGCAGCUACAAAAUUGUCCAUGUUCAGGUCUAAAACAUUCGGUGUCGGCAAAAUCAUUUUCCCAAGUUGGGGAAUGAGUGACCUUGAAGACUGCUGCAGCAAAAUGGACAAGUCAAAAUUACCUCUAAAGAAGCUGUAACGACCUUGUAAUCAGUGGACGACCUUUCCUGUCCAGUUCCUAGGGGGAGACGUAUACUUGCGGGCUGUCUCGGAAGUUCAAGCUGUUUCUAAACGAAGUUACAGUACAGAUAUUUUAGUUAUUUCCAGUCCACCUUUCUUUCUCCAAAUAAGACAUGACAUUGAUGACUUUGGUGUA